ACAAACAAAAACAUUUCUAACUACUUUUGACUGUGGAUUGAUUUGGGCCUGAGACAUACUAGUCCUGCAAAGUGCCUGUUUUUACUGUGGUGUUUAGCAUCAAAGACCACGCCUAUUUUUAAUGUACUUCUUUUCAUUACUCAUCACAUCUGGGCCACAGGGUAGACAAAGAGUAUGAAAACAACAGUGCUUGUAGGAUAUCAUCUGUUCAGCAGUUGAAGUAUAGAGAGCCAAGUUAUGAUGUUCAGCAUGGUUUUAUUCGUCUGUUUCUAUGAUUCUGCUGUUUCUGCAAGACUCCAUUCACUUCGAUACUUCUAUAUGGCAGUACAUGGAGCACCUCCGGAUUUUCCAGAGUUCAUUUCUGCUGGAUUUUUAGAUGACAUCCAGAUUGACUGGUAUGACAGUAUUACACAGAAUUAUAAACUCAAGCAGGAAUGGAUGAAUCAGAGUGAAAUAAGUAAAUACUGGCUGCAAGAGAAAGAGAAGCUGAAACACUCUCAGAAGGCAUUCACAGUUAAUGUGAAGACAGGCAUGGAACGUGUUAAUAAAACAGAGGGUGUGCACACAGCUCAGAGAAUGUACGGCUGUGAAUGGAAGGAGGGCAACAUUGCUACUGGAUUUGUACAAGAUGGUUUUGAUGGCCGUGAUUUCAUUGCUUUUGAUUCCCAGGCCCUUACCUGGACAGCAGCAGUACCAGCAGCUGUGAUGACCAAGAACAAGUGGGAUGCUAACAGAGAUGGGGCCAAACAGUUAAAUCUAUACUUAAAAGAGGAGUGUGUUUCAUGGCUCAAAAAGUACAUCCAGUAUGGAAAUACUACAUUGGAAAGAAAAGUUCGUCCAAGCACUACCUUGUCAGUGAAAACAUCUCCAACAACGAUUAUUUGUUCAUGCUUUGUUGUUGGUUUUUAUCCCAGUGAGAUUGAUAUAAACUGGAUUAGAAAUGAGACAGUGAAAAUAGAUCAAGUGGAAUCUAGUGGUAUCCUACCUAAUUAUGAUGGGACAUACUCCCUCAGGCAAUGGAUUGAAAUAGAUCUGGAUGAUUGGAAUCACUAUUCCUGUCAGGUUGAACACAGUAGCAUGGAUGUACCGGAAUUGCAUAAAAGUGGGAGACAGUGCUACAUCCCAGAUGAAGGAGAGAAAGAAAAGUUAAACAGUAACAUGAUUGCUGGAGUGACACUCAUACCUGUGUUUAUCCUAGCUGUAGUAAUUGGAUUAUUAAUGUGGCGAAGAAAAAGAGUUUUUUAUGAAUACACUGCUCCUGAAAACAACCAUCAGCACAGGGAGCUAGACUGACAACUGCCAUUCAACCCACCAUAUCUCCACAGGUAGCUGCAGCAGCACCAACAGAGGCAGCACAGACAUCCAGCAACACCUGGGCCACAACUUGUCAUCAUUGCCUCCACAGCUCCUGCCUUACCUGCUCCACCUGCGUUAGAUAGCUCUGCCCCAACUGCUGGUGCAGUUCUAUCCUUCAGGAACAGUACUAGUGGAUCUGGUGAUUUUGUCACUCAUCAGGAGCUGAGAGGGCUGGUGGUGGACAUAAUACAAAAGGGCUACAGUGCACAAAUCAGCAAAGUUGAUAAGGUCCUGCAUUGUAUUGCAAAAUCAAUGCCAUAUCUGGCACUGACUCAGGAAACUAACACAUGAGAUAGUGAUGACAGUUCCGAGGGUGAGGAUUAGAUUCUCAAUGUUCUCAAGCUGGAUGUGGGUACACCUCCAAUGUCCCCUUCCUAUCCCCAGUCAUGGUGUCCCUAAACUUUUUUCUGUGCAUCACCAUCCAUUUCUGCUUUGUAAGUUCUAUAUGUCUGUGCAUGCUAUCUACCCUGCCCUACCACCUGACCCUCUCCUUCCUAAGCAGAUUUUUCAAUAUUUCUCUCUCUCAUAAAAAAACAAACAAAAAAAAAACAAAUGGGCACUUGCCCCAUACAAAAUAUGCCUCAUACAUAGCUCUCCACUUCACCUAUAUGCCAUAUUGGUGCAUUUGAGUUGGUCUAAUUUGUUAUACAAUAUUUUUCUGUUGUUAUCACCCAUCCCUGGUUUGGGAACUCUCCAAAGUCAUGAAAUUCUGUGCACAGUUAUAUGUAUGUUGCUGUCCCACCACCAUCCUGCAAAUUCGUAUAUUAUUUCCUCUGUGUCCUAUCAUUUGCUUAUCCCCCAUUUUCUGUAUUGUCCUAGCAACUCAUUUUUCACAUUUAAUCUAGUCAAAAAACAGGCUCACGUGCAACACACAUGGCCAGAAAUGACCCAUCAAAAGCCUUCACUUUUUGUCCAAAGCAUUUGGAUGGAUCUUGGCAUCACUUAAAAAUGUUGAGUGACAGUGAAUAGCAUUUCAAGUCCUAUGUCAAAAACUGGUGAGGUUUUGUCAUUGCUCACGCUAGUCUGGUUACCUUCAUACAGACGUGCUUCAGUCUGCUGUGCUAUAGGAAUACCAAGUAAAGGCAGAGUAAAGCCACUACUUUGAAAUAGUUACUCUAACAGUUGUUAGACUGCUGGAUGUACUGAACUAAUAGUUCCUAUGUGGUGUGUUGAGAUAAAACUCUUGUCUGUAGCCUGAUGUUUUUUGCAUAGUUUCAAUGUUUCAGUUACAGUUGUAAGUUAAAUUAUUAUUAUGUCAUUUUAUAGUCCUAUCAUAUGUUUAACUGUAAAUGUAUGUAUUUAUCCCCAGUUACAACAUUUCACGAACACAGCAUUUGAAUAGUGCAACCAGAACGCAUUUGCAAAAACAUUCCAUCCCCAAAAGAGAGACUAAGUAACCCACCUUUAUCCUGCUUGUGUCCUGACAUUGUUUCUACUUUUCUACCCCUUCUUGCUACACACAGCAAAUCCUUUAUUGUACAGAGUAUGACAUUAAGAUUAACACAUCAUAAAGAUGAUCCUGAAUGUCCCAUAAAUAAAACUCUUGUCAUUUCUCUCUCUCCACCCCUUCUGCUUCAGUAAGUUGUCACCGUCUCUUCAAUUGUGUGAUUUAAACUGUGUCAGUUAGGAGCUCCUUUGUGGCAUGCUGCAGAAAUACUCAGAUCAACAGACUGAUUUUUGGGUAGUUUCAUUGGUUCUAAUUCAGAAAUGUGUGAAACUGCUACUCUCUGUUUUUAUUAGACUAUAUCAUGUAAGUUGUUCCCUACAUAUUGUUUGUAACCACCAUUUCCCUGUUUCUGUCAUAAUGUACUUGCUCCCUGCCUCCAUCUCCCCCUCUCUAUGUUUCUCCUCCCUUCUGUCAUCUGUCUGUCUCCUAUGCCUGGUGCUAAGCAGCAUGUAACUUAGGGGAAAUGGAAGUACACAGCUAUACUGUUAGGAAGCUUGCUGCCCAAAAGUUCUUGGCUUUGUGACAAAAGUUUAAAUCAUGAGACUUAAGAUAACACAUUUCUGUUCUGCAUUGGAUCAUUUAUUAUGCUCCUGGCUGUAAUGUAAACCUUAUGUAAUUGUUAUUACUCUGAUGAAGUCUGAUGCCUACAA